AUGAACAAUAAGAAACAAGCAGCUUCACAGGACAUUUUUGGAAGAGACUUGUCUUACCUUUUGGCCUGUCACCCUCGACUAAAGCGAUUAGGCGAUAUAGAUCUGUAUUCUCAUGAGGCGGAAAGCGGAUACACUCCAUUGCAUGUGUGCUUAAGGAACGGAUAUUUACAAAAGGCUUUCAAGCUGUACGAGAGAUGGAAAAGGCAGCGUGUCGCAGACUACAGUGCGAAUCAGAAAAGCGUUUGGGACCUCAAAGAUCGCGAGGGCCUCACACCUAUUGAACUCUACCAAUUUGACAAUGACAUUUGGAAUUACCAAAAGGUUCCGGAGACUUUGUUUCCCGAGCUCAAUGAUGUCGAGGAUACUGACCCUCUAGGCGGCGAAAUGAGGUGGGAGAAGAGACAUCAGGGAAGUCAGUCAACGAGGCGUGAAAGGCAUAGUAUCAGGGACAUGCGGUAUGCUUGUCAACAAUUGCGCGGUGGCCGCGAACUGUUUACGACAGGCUCCAAUGUAAAUCUACAGCUUGGUACCGGCGAUUCUGAAGAUAGGCAAGAACUGUUCAAGUUCAAUGAAUACACGCUGUCAGCUUUCGAUCCACGGUACAGGGCUCGGUUCAAAAUUGUCAUGAUGAGAAGAUACCACUCGCUCAUACUGACCGCUGAUGGUGAUGUUCUUACAGCAGGAAACGGAAGCAGAGGGAGACUUGGAAAUGGCAGCACCCAGUUAUCUAAUCUGUGUCACACGAAAGUCGAGCUGGAUUUCCAUCGAGUCCAUCAGCUAGAUAGCAGUGACCACCAUUCCAUUGUACUGACGACAGGUGGCGAAGUUUUGACUUGGGGAUGGAACCGCUUUUCUCAACUGGGCUACUCCACUACAUCUGUCAAUUGUAAAAAGACUGAUUUUUCGGCAUUGGAUAACACAUGCAGUACAAAACCAAAAAAGGUAGGCAGCUCCCCUUGGAAGAAAACUUUUUCUUCGAGCGCAAAGUUCGUAAGUUGUUCUAAGGUUCAUUCCUGUCUUCUUGACGAUCAAAAUAAUCUAUAUUGCUGGGGACUGAAUGUGGGCCAAAUGGGAACAUCAAAAAGUUGCAACGAUGAUUGUAACUCAGAAUUUAUGGGUCACAAGGGCAAAGUGGUUGCAAGUCCUAUGAUGACGAAACUGCCACCUUUUGUGCAAGACGUGAAACAGCUUUCAUGCACCGAGUUCGUUACCUUUAUCCUCUAUGGGGAUAACCAGUUAUGCGUCCUGAAUAAUUUCAAGAUAUUGAAGUUUAACAUCCCGAAAAUAGUUUCGAAGCAAGCCUUCUCGAACCAAUUUGACGUUUUUACUCCAAAUUCAUUGAGUAAGAAGAACAGGGUCGUUAAGAUCAAAAGUACGCAUUCACACGGCAAUAACCUGUGCGUUCUGUACGAAAGUGGCAGUAUAGGAAUUCUACAAUCGAGCUAUCUACACAGCUCCGCCCAUGGUUGGUCAAAGCUUCCUAACUCAUUGCCGAUCACCCAGAACUGGGUUCCGCAUUACGGCUGGAAUAAAUGUCUCGAUUUCGAUGUGUCCACUGACGGUCAAGUCAUCUUAUGUACAGUGGGGGGUUGCAUUUACAAAGCCACUACUGGAUCAAGCUUUUCAUUCAAGCAAUUCAAAAACAACAAACUUAUCUCUGGAAAAGUGACUAUGGUGAGCUGUGACUCGCGAUUUUCAUCCUUCGCAGUCAUAAAAGAUGAGAUUGAUAUGAUUCCUACGGCAUUUCCCAAACAAAACCUCUACAAUGAUAUAUCCUCAUUUUCUCCUCUUACCAUGGCCUCUGCCCCUUCGAAGAAACUUAAUUCAGAGCCCCUGAGUUAUAGAACACAGAAACGGGAGGCAUCUAGCUACAUCCUCGAGAACUUCGUUAAAGGCAGGGUCCACGAGAGCAAGGACUCUCCUUCUUCACCACACUACGAGGCUGAAUAUACAGGAGCCGAACCUACUACGGGAGAUCAACUGUGGAAGUUGUUCCAGAAUAGGUGGGCAAGAGCUGAUCAGCCCACCCACCGUGAAUACCUUGCAAAAGGUCUCUCCAGGGAGUGGGAGCCCACGCUGACGGGCAGUGUAGAUUUUUCGCAAUUUGAUGUCAUUUUUGUGGAUAGAGCCACUUAUCGUUACAUUGGUGCAUGUCAUCGAAUAUUGCUUGAAGCAAGAGUUCCUCUUCUUGUUGCAAGCUUGGCUGAGUUCGGAAUGUUUUCUCCUAAAAAUGACAGUGGCAUUUCGUUCCAGUUAAAGGGCGAGUUGUAUCCAACAAAUGGUAAGACCGUUGUGGAAGUCAGCUCUGGAAGGCUUAUACCCGAAUCCCUUUGCUAUGCCUUGCAUUAUCUUUAUACGGAUAGUGUUCCCACAGUUUCCAAUUUGCCUGGCACGACGAAGAAGAAGGAUCUUGAGACUUCGAUUAAAAUAUUUGUCAAGGCAUUGGACCUUCAUUUGAGCACUUUUAGAGGCGACCAGCUUUCGUUUGCUCUUUCUAAGAUUCUAGACCAUUCUUUGGGAAGUGGCAACUCUCUGCUUCGGACAUGUCCCGAUGUCAAAGUACGAUUAUCGGGAGAAAAUGUUGUUGAGGUGCAUUCGUUCAUGCUGCAGAGCAGGAGUGCUUACUUCGCGACAUUGUUUUCCGAAAACUGGGCUAAACGUGUACGCCAUACAGCAGAGAUCAACAUGCCGCACGUCUCACACAAUGAGAUGACGUGCAUUUUAAAAUAUAUUCAUGGAAUUUCGUUUCAGGAUCUUUUCACUCAUUGUCAUUUUACUGAUUAUAAGUCUUUCGUUAAUUUCGUACUGGGAGUAAUUCAAGUAUCUGAUGAGUGGAUGAUGGCCGAUCUCAAGUACUACCUCGAGACUACCCUAAUAGACUAUAUCGACGCAAGUACAGUGAUGGUGAUUCUCGUUAACGCCCAUCGCUUGCUUUCUAAGACGCUUCUAAUAGAAUGCUGCUGGUUCAUCCACCACAAUAUUGGACUACUGUUCUCCGAGGAGAACUCCAAAAUUAUUGAGGAGUUUUUCGAUUCGCAUUUGUGGGCAUACUUGGAGGGUUUCAUUUCAAGAGCUAAAGUUAUAAAUGGCAAAGCUAUAAGCAAUACAUCAUAUGAAGACGAAAAUCAGAUGGACCACUUAAUAAGCCUCUUUCAAGAAAGUCGGCCAAAGUUCAAUGACAUAUUUAUGAACCCUUCUGAUCGAUUUGAGCCCAGUUUUGAUUUAGGUCUUCCUCUUAAGCGGCCAACUGGUGCGAAACUCUCUACAGACCGCCGAAGGUCAUCCUCUAAUAGGAAAGCAUCUUUGUCGCAAGAGGAUCUGAUCAAUGUGCGGCGACCUUCAUCUAAUUCCGCGGAGGCCAGAGGACUGGAGAUUGCAGGGCUGGACUUCAGUCUCUUGACGAAAUAUAAUGAGGAAGCCAUUGGGCACGAUUUUUCAGAUUUGGAUGAUCAGGGCUUUGUCACAGUUGGGAAAAGCAGGCGGAGGGCAUCGAAAAAUCGAAAUGAUGAAGCAUCCAUUGCAGAUGAAUGGGGGCCAUCAGUUUCUGGCAAGGAAAACCCGCGUGACAGCCUCAAUAUGGCAAAAUUCGAAGGUCCUACUUCUUCCAUCAUUAAAGAAUAUCCGUUGGACACAGAAUCGAGGGUGAAGGCUUCUACUACAAAGUUGACGCGCCAAACUAUGUUCCCCUCUCUUUCCAAUACAUCCCAAGGGCCGCCCGCAGCGCCAUCCCCACGGCCAUCAUCUGCUGAUGGCUCUAAAUCCAACAGCGCUACCUUCUCCGGUGUCAAAAAGUUGUCGCAAAAGGAACGAAUUAAACUUGCUGCGGAAACCAAUACGGACCCUCCAAUUGAAAAGAAGGCUGUCUGGGGUGGCAACUCUUCCAGAAAGUCCUUCGCGGCCACUCAGACAUUAAACGCAGCAUCCUCUGCGAAGUUUCCCUCUCUAUCUAAGUCUCUUAAGGAGCAAAACAUUAAGAAAAAACCUUCAUCUGUUGGCCUUACAAGCAUGGGCGAAAGCUCUGCUAUCCCCCUGUACCUGGCCAACGCAAAGACUUCUCCCCCGAAACCGGCCAGAUCUCUCAAAGAUGCAAUUGAAGAAGAGCGUUUUGCAAAGUGGUGGGCCGAGGAGUCUGAAAAAGUCCAGCAGCAGCUUAAGAAUCAAGAAACAGAGGUGCCCCAAAAUGGCCAAGGGACGUCUAACGCAGAUCGAUCUUUUGGGACGGGUGGAUCCAAGGAGCGCUACAAAGCGGGGCGCUCUCGUAAGCCUCUGAAAAAAGAGCGACCAGGGGCAAAGGCGGCCAUUUAA